AUGCCGUCAAUCCUCACCGACGCCGACAAGGAGACCGUCAAGCGGAAUGUCCCCAAACCCGCCAACAAGAUCUUCGCCGUAGCGGUCGCACGACUCUAUGUGGCCUAUCCAGAUCCCCAGAGGUGGGUCUACACCGGCCUGCAAGGAGCUGUGGUCCUGGCAAACGACUUGGUCGGCCGCACCCUCUGGCUGAAACUGGUGGAUGUCUCGCCCGCCCAAAGAGGUGUGAUCUGGGACCAGGAGAUCUAUGACAAUUUCUCCUACAACCAGGACCGCACCUUCUUCCACACUUUCGAGCUGGAGGAGUGUCCCGCCGGUCUGUCCUUUGCCGACGAGAAAGAGGCCAAGACCUUCAUCAAGAAGGUACACGAGCGGGAGAAGCAUGUCAGCAAAGAGACGCGCCAGACCCCCUUCGCCUCCAUGCGCGGCCAGGGCCCCGCCCCCAUCCAUAAUGAGAAGCAUGGCAUGGGUCGCUCCAUAUUCGGUAGCUUGUUAGGCCACCGGUCGGCCUCGGGGCCCAGCGCACCACCGCCCCCAGCCGCGCAACCAGCCCCAGUGGAUCUCCCCCCGACCCCCUCCAUCCACGUCGCUCCGCCCCCGCUGCCGACGAGCCCGCCCCGCAAGGACCUGCCGUUCGACACCAGCGAUCCGUCCUGGAAGGGCCUCUUGGACGAGCUCCUGCAGAUGGGCAUCACCGAGGACCAGAUCGCGGACAACUCCGAUUUUAUCAAGGCCUAUAUCGAUCAGAAGCAGAGCAGUGCGGACAACGCGACCCCAUCGGCGGAGGACCGAAGAGGAAAGGCCCCUCCGCCGCCGCCCCCGUCGGCCCCUCCGGGCCCCAAGCUGAAUGCCAUCAGUCCGCAGAGCACUGGGGCGAGCUCCGGUAGUCGACGGGGGGCGCCUCCGCCGCCCCCGCCGUCGCGCAAGCCGCGUCCCGAUGAGGAAUCUCCCCCAGCGACCCGCGAGCCGUCUCCGCCCCCGCGACCCCGGUUCCGUGCGCCGCCGCCGAUUGCUGACGCCGGGAAAUAUGCCAGCAUGGCCCCGAGUCUGCCCACGCGUCCCAGGGCCCACUCCGGUGCCGCGGGGCCGCCGCCGCCGCCGCGACCCCCCAAGACCCCCGACGAUGGCGCCCAGCCGCGCUUUGGCGUGCCCCCGCCCUUCCAAGGCGACCGGAAGGUCUCCGCGCCCCCUGCUCCGCCCAGUCGUAACUCGGGGCCGCCGCCACCGCCACCGCGCUCUGCGAGCCCGGCGGCUCCCCCGCAGCUGCCUCCGAAGGUGCCCAAUGCCCCGGCGGCAGCCGCGCCAGCUCCACCUCCCCCGCCCCGCAGUCCGGCCUCACAGCCGCCCCCGCUGCCAGCCGCCAGUUCGCGACCGGUUCCGCCCCCGCCGUCGCCCGGGGCUCCCCCUCCGCCAUCCCCGCCGCCCCCACCACCCACGUCUCACGUCCCCCCGCCCCCUCGACCGCCGCCGGUUCCCGCUCCCGCUCCGGCCAGCACGGGUCCCCCUCCACCGCCGCCGCCUCCGCCCCCUGGAGCCGGUGCUCCCCCUCCACCGACUGGCGGCGCCCCUCCUCCGCCACCCCCACCACCACCACCGUCCUCCCACGUUCCGCCGCCCCCGCCUCCGCCGCCUCCGCCGCCUCCAGCCAGCACCGGACCACCGGCUUCCCCACCUCCCCCUCCGGUUCCCGGGCGAGGCGGCCCACCACCGCCACCGCCUCCUCCCGGCGGGGCCCCUGCCCCUCCCCCACCUCCACCCGCUGGCGGCGCUGCGCCACCGCUGCCCAAGCCUGCCGGAGACCGCGACGACCUGCUAGCCGCCAUCCGCGGAUCAGGCGGGUCUCGCGGCGGCGGACUGCGCAAGGUCAAGGACACCGAGAAGAAAGACCGCAGCGCGGCCCACGUCCCAGGGGGCACCAAUGAAUCCUCUGCUCCGUCGGGCGGCGGCGGCGGCGGUGGUGGUGCCCCUCAGGGGGGACUGGCGGGUGCGUUACAGAUGGCUUUGAAGGAGAGACAGAAGAAGGUCCGGGGUAGUGAUGAUGAGAAGGAUGACGACGAUGAUUGGAACUAG